AUGGGGCCUCAUUGGUGGUUAAAAAGAGCUAUCGAACAGGUUUAUAAUGAUGGUUUCCGAAAUAUGAAUCUCCGUUUCAUCCUGGUUAAAUUAUGUGCUCCAGUGAUUGCUGCUCUGGGUAUGGCCCUGGCUAUGCCUUAUGUGAUAAGCAAAUCCAUUGUUCCUGCUUUGGGUUUCAGUCCCAGUGUUCAGAAUUUGGUCCUUCGAAGGAUCUAUCCAACACUUCUAGCCACAAUUAUUAUGAUUGUAGCUAGCAUAUUCCAAGCUCGUCAGUUUAAACGACUUUAUGAACAUAUUAAGAAUGAUAAGUAUUUGGUUGGGCAGCGCCUGGUGAAUUACGAACCUAAAAAGCCUUUCACUGGCCACAAUUCCCCAUCCUUUGCUGGAAUGACAUUUUCACAAGCUCAACAACCAGCACAACAACAACAGCCAGCAAUAGCCGCUGUACAGCAACAACAACAACAACAGCAGCAGCAGCAAGAAGGAAAUAUUGGAGUUGAUAUUCUGCCUGGGCCACUGCUCCAGCCAGCUGGGGCAGCCCCUGGGGGCAAUGCUGGGCUACAACAACGUUUGGUUUGA